AUGGAAUCGAAAACAAACAAAAAGAACUUCAAUAAUUUAUGCCAGGAGAAUGGGUAUAAAGAAUUCAUUGUUGGAGACGAAAAAUGGGAAGGAGACGGUUAUCCUGAAGGUCAUUUUGCUUUUUUCUCGCCAAACACUUUCACGGCUGAAGGAGAAUAUAUCGCGAUGCCCUUUUCUCGUCCUGAUACUUAUCCUGCCAGUGACUGCAAAAUAAAACUCAUCCCCAAAAACGAUGACGAAAAAAUUUUUGUGAAAGAGGCAACAAUCGAAAUUAACAAAGAUGACGGCCAAGUUUUAACAGAUAUCGUGACUGAUAUGACUUCCUGUGGCGAUAACUACUUCUCAAUCAAUGGAAAAAGAUUGUGCGGCGACGACGAUUUCUACUCUUCUGGCUACGAAAACUUCUUCAAUGUUGAGCUUGGUGGUGCAGGAGAACCUUUAGAAUUACACCUUUACAAUACCCAGCCAGUUGAAGGAAAAGUUAGGAUGUAUUUUUAUACAAGCGCUCAGAAAAUUGAAUCAUCAGUGACCGGAUCAUCAAACAAAAACGACAAAUUGGUCAACAGAUCAUGA